AUGUACGAUACCCUAAGAGAGUAUUGCGUUCUAAAAGACGUAGCCAAGAACUCAGGGCUGGGGCUCGUCUGUGUUGCAUGUGAUCUGGGGUUUCGCGAUCAGGAUGUGCUAUACAAGCAUUUCGACGCUAAGGAGGAUCAGAACGGCGUCCACAACGGAUUGUCAAAAAGACAAAGUGAUUUCAUCCUAUUUUUGGACAGCUAUAGGGUCGCUAUGGGCUGGGAAACCAUCUCGGAAGGUGAUUUCCCAAUCGAAUUCAGUCAGGCUGGGCGACGACCUGGACGCCGGCCAUUCUACAGCUUCUUUGAAAUCGAUUUUGUCCUGGAAAAAAAAAGCAAGCUGAAAUUCAACACCCUGGAGGAGAGCCUUGCAAUUGCGUGGAAACUUGUCAGGAAUGCUAAAAAGGAUUAUGUUUGUCCUCUCUGUUUGGUUCUCUGCAGCACUACAAAAGCGUUUUAUUACCAUUGCGACCAACUGAAGGAUGAUGUCCACACGGGCCUCGCGUACAAGGGUCCAGAUUGCCAAUCGUUUCUUCCUCAUUAUUUUACAGCCCUCAACGCAACAGUACCGGAGAAAGAAUUGCCUUUGGGUAGGGGUCGAAAGGGUACAUACUCAUUUCAUGAGUGCUUCCUGCUGGAGUUCGUCUUGCAAUGGAAACAAGGUGAGUAG